AUGGACAUGAUCGGCAGCUAUGUCGUCCUACGCACUCAGACCUUUGCAGAGCAGGGACUGGCAAACAGUGUGUGGGGAUUUGGGACCUUGGGAAUUCGGAAUCAGCUGCUUCUCGAUGCUGUGGCCGCAGCUGCGAUGGUCGGUGAAUUUACUUCGCAAGGAUUGACUAACACUGCAUGGACCUAUGCUGCGCUUGCUGACCGGCAGGUGCCGCUGUUUAGCUUUGUGGCGUCCACUGCGCCACUGGCCGAGAUGCCCUUUCGGGAACUGGCAAUGAUGGCAUGGUCUUUCGCUACACUGCAGAUUCACAAGGAACCCUUCAUGAAUGCUGUAUCUUCCUCGGCAAUUCCCAAGCUGGACACUACAGUCUUCCGGAUGUGCAACAUGGGGCCCAAAGAGGCUUGUCCCACAGAGAUGGUGGCUGCCCUCGCUGGUGCUCUCCAAACCUUGGGCAUGGAUACAUCGGAGUUUUUUGAGGCAGCGGCCUCGGCUUUGGCUCGCAUUGCUGCACCAGUAGAUGCGAGGAACUGUGGAGAUUCGGGAGUACCACUCACAGAUGGCGGAGACGAAGUACCUCGAGUGCUUGCGACCUAUCCUGGCAUCGCUUUCAUCUACAAACCCAGUGGCUGGUCCGUGGCCGUCAGCCGGGAGACUGCUGGUCGUUUAGGUGAUGAGGAUGACUCCUCUGACGAAGAAGAUCCGACUUUCGAGGAAGCACCGCAGCUCACUUCUUGGCUAUCAUCAGAACUGGCGCCAUGGUCCCCCAUUUCCGGAGACCCUUCAGCGCAACACGGCAUCGUGCACCGCCUGGACUUGGAGACUUCUGGUCCUUUGCUUUGUGCCACCAGCUACCAUGGCUACAUGGCUGCUUUGCUGCUCUUUGCAGCGAGAAAAGUUACAAAGGAGUAUGUUUGCGUUUGCAAAGGGUGGUUGUCAAGCCAGGCCCAAGCAAUGGGAAUCAUUAUAUCCAUGCAGUCACAGUGA